UCAGCGGCGUAAUCCAAAACGGCAAGUUGAAAGUCAUGAUCUUGAAACUGAAUUUAUCGAGAAGCAAACUUGUGAAAUUGGCAUUCAAGUUAGUGAACAGAUUGAAAAACAAUUCUGUGAGGUUGGUAUACAAACAUCUGAAUCUAUAAUUCAAGAACUUGAAAAUUAUGUAUAUGUACUUCAAGAGCAAUUAAAUAAAAAAAUAAGUGAAAUAGAAGAUCUUCGAAAACACUUAGACUAUGCGUAUGAUUAUGUAAUUGAGAGUUGGGAAUGCGAUCAAAGAAUAAAUCAAUUAUGUCAGGAGUUGAUUAAUCAAAAUAAUGAUUUAUUAUUAAAGUGGGAAAAUCGAUUUAGUAAUCAAGAAAAAAGGAUUGAUUCGAUUAUUCAAAUUGCAAAUAAAGAACAAAUGAAAACAGAAUGUGAAUCGGAAUUAAAUACAUAUUUGUCGUCAAUUUUAAACGAACUCAUUAACGAAAAAAAUAAUGAAUCGAAUAUAAUUGACACAAUAAUAAAUAAUCAAAAAGGUUCUGGCAGUCAAUCGAAAUGGUGUAAAAAAUGUAAUACAACAAACAUCGAUAAUAGAAAACGUACUUGCCCUAACUGCAAUGAAAAGCUAGACACAUUAGCCGCAUUACGAGCAGAAUCAACUAAUGAGUCUGUUCAAAUUAGUAAUACGACCUCUCAAUUAAAACCUAUCAUAAUAAAAUCUAGUACAUCUA